AUGAAAUAUAUAACUAAUUUAAAAAAUAUUGAAAAUAAAGUAAAAACGAUUUCUGAACAAUGUUCAGUUAAUACACCAAAAAUAUUAAUAGUAACUAAAUACAUAGGAAAUAAUGAAAUAAAUGACAUACAUUCUUAUGAUAAAAAAUAUCAUUUUGGAGAAAAUUACCUUGAUUCACUAAUAGAAAAAUCUGAACAAUUACCUAACUCAAUAAAAUGGCACUUUAUAGGUAACUUGCAAUCAAAUAAAUGCAAAAAUAUUUUAAAAGUUAAAAAUUUAUAUAUGAUAGAAAGCAUAGAUAAGGAAAAGAAAGCAACACUAUUAAAUAAUUAUUUAAAAAUUAUAAAUGAAGAUAAUUUAAAUACAAAUGAAAAUUUAAAAAAAAUUCGUGUUUUAAUUCAAAUUAAAACUGCUGAUGAUGAAAAUAAAACAGGAAUAAUACACGAUAAUUAUGAGGAAAUUGAAAACAUAGUUUUAUACAUUAUUCAAAAUUGUAAUUUCUUAAUAUUUAAAGGAUUAAUGACUAUAUCAUCAUUGGAAAUAAGUAAAAGAGAAAAUUCAUUUAUUAUACUUAACAAUAUAAAAAAUAGACUUUUAAACAAUAAAACUAUAAAUAAUUAUUUUCAUAAAAAAAAAUUUCAUAUGAGUAUGGGAAUGUCAGACGAUUUAGAAUUAGCCAUUAAACAUCAAACAACUCAAUUAAGAAUUGGAAGAGCUAUUUUCAAAUAA